AUGGGGUUGUUUAAGAAGAAAGAAGAGAAAAACACGGAUGAAUCUGAAGAAAAAGAACCCGAAGAUCCACCACCGCCAUCAAUAUCGAUAUUCCAACUUUUUCGAUACACAGAUCUUAAAGAUCGAAUUAUGCUAUUAAUUGGAUUGUGUGUUUCAUGUGCAACUGGUCUUGGAUUUCCAUUGAUGUCUGUUGUAAUGGGAAAUGUCUCUCAAAACUUUAUCACAAUUGGUCUAGUUCUUACUAAUCCAAAUUCUACAGGUUAGUUAUUAUUUUCAUUUUUUUUUAAUUUUUAAAAAACUUGAACCCUAAUUACCAAAAAUAUUGUAGCCGCUGAAAUCGAAGCUGCAAAACAACAAUUCUCUCAUGAUGUAAUUCAAAAUUGUCUGAAUUACGUGUACAUCGGGAUUGGAAUAUUUUUCUCUGGCCUCAUUCAAUGCACAUUUUUCCUAAUUAUUUGUGAAAAUCUUGUGCAUCGACUUCGAAAACAAUUUUUCCGUUCUGUUAUGCGACAUGAAAUUGGAUGGUAUGAUAAAAACACGUCAGGAACUUUGGCCACCAAACUUUUCGAGUGAGUAAAUAAAAAAUCUUUGUGUUUUGAUUUUCUUUUCAUAUUGAAUUUAUAGUAACUUGGAGAGAGUAAAAGAAGGAACUGGUGAUAAAGUUGGUUUGGGUUUCCAAUUGUUGGCACAAUUUAUUGGUGGAUUUGUGAUUGCUUUUACAUAUGAUUGGCUUCUAACUCUUAUUAUGAUGUCGCUUUCUCCAUUUAUGAUGAUUUGUGGUGGAUUUAUUGCAAAACUUCUGGCAACUUCUGCAACUCGUGAAGCUAAACUUUAUUCGAUUGCUGGUGGAAUUGCUGAAGAAGUUUUGACUUCAAUUCGAACUGUGAUAGCUUUUAAUGGACAAGAAUAUGAAUGUAAAAGAUAUGAAGACGCUUUAGAAAAAGGAAAACAAACUGGUGUCAAAAAAUCAUUUUUCAUUGGCGCUGGACUUGCAAUGUUUUUCGUCAUUAUUUAUUCUUCAUAUUGCCUCGCUUUCUGGGUUGGAACUGAAUUUGUUUAUAAUGGAAGACUUCAAGGUGGAACUGUUUUCACUGUAUUUUUCUCUGUUAUGAUGGGUUCGAUGGCACUCGGACAAGCUGGACAACAAUUUGCAACAAUUGGAACUGCAAUGGGUGCAGCUGCUGCACUUUAUGAAGUUAUUGAUAGAACUCCAGAAAUCGAUGCGUAUUCUGGAGGAGGGUCAAAGACCAUCGAAAGUUCAAGGAAAAAUUAGUGUGAAAAAUGUGAAGUUCACUUAUCCAACUAGACCAGAUAUUCAAAUUCUCAAAGGUGUUUCAAUCGAUGCAGAUCCAGGAAAAACUGUAGCAUUAGUUGGAUCAAGUGGGUGUGGUAAAAGUACAAUUAUCCAACUUCUCCAAAGAUUCUAUAAUCCGGAAAGUGGAAGUAUUUCUAUUGACGGAAUUCCGAUUGAUGAAUUGAAUAUUACUUAUUUAAGACAACUUGUUGGAGUAGUUUCGCAAGAGCCAAAUCUAUUCAAUACUACAAUUGAACAAAAUAUCAGAUAUGGUAGAGAAGAUGUGACUGAUGAUCAAAUCGAUGAUGCGUUAAGAAAGGCUAAUGCUUAUGAAUUCGUAAAAAGUUUCCCAGAUGGAUUAAAUACUUUGGUAGGAGAUCGAGGUGUCCAAAUGUCUGGAGGACAAAAACAACGUAUCGCAAUCGCUCGUGCUUUGGUUAGAAAUCCUAAAAUUCUUCUUCUUGAUGAAGCAACAAGUGCUCUCGAUGCUGAAUCUGAACAUGUUGUUCAAACUGCACUUGAAAAUGUGAGUAUUUAAUUAGAUUAUCAAAAUAAUUUAGUUAUUUUUUUAGGCAUCAAAGGGUCGUACCACAAUUGUUAUUGCUCACCGUCUUUCAACUAUUCGAAAUGCUGAUAAAAUUAUUGUUAUGAAACUUGGAGAAGUUAAAGAAGUUGGAACUCAUGACGAACUUCUUGCUGCUAAAGGAUUAUACCAUGAACUUGUUAAUGCACAAGUUUUCGCCGAUGUCGAAUCGAAUCAAGAAACUGAUGAAUUUGUUGAGAAAAAGCGAAGAAUGUCGAAACAAAUUUCAGUUGUCAAAAAAGAGAAAGAAUCUACUGAAGUCAAACAAACUGGUCAACCAGAUCCAAAACAAACUGAAAAUGAUAUUAAGAGAUUGAAAAAAGAACUUGAACAAGAAGGAGCAGUUCGUGCAAAUCUUUUCAAAAUUCUUCGAUAUUCUAGACCUGAAUGGAGUUUCAUUGCCUUGGCGUUGGUUUGUGCUUUGAUUCAAGGAGCUGUCACACCUGCUUUCUCUUUAUUCUUCUCUCAAAUUAUUGAUGUUUUCUCAAAUCCUGAUCAAAAUCAAAUGAGAUCUGAUGGGCAUUUUUGGGCAUUGAUGUUUUUGGUAUUGGCUGGAGUUCAAGGAACAACAAUGUUAGGACAAUGUUUCUUUUUUGGAGUUGCUUCAGAAAGAUUGACAAUGAGAGUUCGAUCAAAAGUUUAUCGAAAUGUUUUGAGACAAGAUGCCACGUAUUUUGAUAUGCCAAAACAUUCUCCAGGAAGAAUCACAACUCGUUUAGCAACAGAUGCACCAAAUGUUCGAUCAGCUAUUGAUUAUAGACUUGGAAGUGUUUUCAAUGCAAUGGUAUCAGUUAUUGCUGGUUUAGCUAUCGCAUUUUAUUAUGGAUGGCAAAUGGCUUUAGUGACUAUGGCUAUUUUCCCAUUAGUUGCUGUUGGACAAGCAAUUGAAAUCAAGUUUCAUACUGGAAAAGCUACAAAUGAUGCAAAAGAAAUGGAAAACAGUGGAAAAGUUGCGAUGGAAGCAAUUGAAAAUAUUCGAACUGUUCAAGCUUUGACACUCCAACAAAAUCUUUGGCAACAAUUUGCUGAUCAUUUAGAAAAACCACAUCGUUCAAAUCUUGGAAAAUCGAUAAUUCGUGGAAUUCUUUAUGGUUUUGCUCAAUCAAUUAUCUAUUUUAUUUAUGCUGCCGCAUUUAGAUUUGGUCUUUAUUUGAUGUUUGCACCAAAUGUUAUGAUGGAACCAAUCAAAGUUCUUCGAGUAUUGUUUGCAAUUUCUUUCUCGUUUUCAACUGUCGGAUUUGCUGCAUCAUAUUUCCCUGAAUAUAUCAAAGCCACAUUCGCAGCUGGUUUAAUUUUCAAUAUGCUUGAAGAAGAGCCCAGAAUCGAUGGAAUGACAGAAAAUGGCGAAAAACCUAGAAUCACUGGAGAUGUCAAAUUGAACAAGGUGUACUUCAGAUAUCCUGAACGUCCAGCUGUUCCAAUUCUUCAAGGACUAGAUGUUGAUGUUAAACCAGGUCAAACAUUAGCUCUCGUAGGACCCAGUGGAUGUGGAAAGUCUACAGUUAUAUCACUUCUUGAAAGAUUGUAUGAUCCACUUGAAGGGUUUUUGAGUAUUGAUAAUAAUGAUUUGCGUAAAAUGAAUCCAAAACAUCUUCGAAAACAUAUUGCACUCGUAUCUCAAGAACCAAUCCUUUUUGAUACUUCAAUUCGAGAUAACAUUGUUUACGGUUUGGAUGCUUCUGAAUACACUGCAGAAGAUAUUCGCAAGGCUGCAAUUUCUGCAAACAUUGACUCAUUCAUCACAAAUCUACCCGAUGUGAGUUUUGAUAAUGUUCAGCUUAUUAGUUGAUGUGUAAAAAUUUAAAUUUUUACAGGGAUAUGAAACAAGAGUAGGAGAAAAAGGAACACAACUUUCGGGAGGACAAAAACAACGUAUUGCAAUUGCUCGUGCUCUUAUCAGAAAUCCAAAAAUUCUUUUACUCGAUGAAGCAACAAGUGCUUUAGAUACUGAAAAUGAGAAACAUGUUCAAAUUGCUUUGGAUGAAGCUGCCAAAAAUCGUACUUGUAUUGUCGUUGCUCAUAGAUUAUCAACAAUUGUGAAUUCGGAUUGUAUUAUGGUUGUGAAACAAGGAAAAGUUAUUGAAAAAGGAACUCAUGCGGAAUUGAUUGCAUUACGUGGCGCCUAUUAUGACCUCACUAAAAAACAAUCAAUUCAUACAGCUGUUGAAGCCGACGUCGAUUCUGAGAAAUUCUAG